AUGCGCUCAUUGGGAAUUCUGGCUUUUGCGCUGCACACAUCUCUGCUGGUGCUGCUGGCUCAGGGGCUUCAGAGAGCCACAGAUGGAGUUUAUAUCAGGUCGCUGGAGCGUUUUUCCGCGAUGGACCGAUCCACCGGCUACCACCUGCCGACCUACAUGAUGCAUCUCUACAGGAAUUUCAAGUCCAACUUUUCCAGGCCUAUGGAUAUUAUGGAGCAAGAUGCAGCAAAGCAAGCAGACACGGUGAAGAGUGUGGUGGCUAAAAGUUUGAUGUACAGAAACAAGCGCUGGAUUGCGACCUUUGACCUCCAUGCCCUGCUGGCCGACAAACAGAUCCAGGCGGCAGAGCUGAGAAUCAGGCUUCCUGGGACACCAAGUGCUUCCAACAUCACCGUCGAGGUCUAUCACCAGCACGGCGAGGGGUGCUAUACGCAGAAGGACUGCCAGGAGCAACAGCUGGUGGGACUGCUCGCUGAAUCAUCACUGGUUACUUCAUCACAGAGCUGGAAAGUGUUCAACAUGACAAGUCCUCUCUUGAGCUGGCUCAGACAAAAGUUGACAGCGAGGAGUCGACACAGAAGAGUGUCAAGAAGACGGAAAGCGGUGAAGACAAAGAGAGGCCUGUCGCUUCCCGAUCAGCCUGUCUAUGGGGCGAACAGAGAGCAGGACGUGAGUGACAGGGCCUUGCUGGUCGUCUUCUCACACACUGGCUCCGAUGAAAACUCAAAAGCCAAAGCGAGCUUACUCCACACAGCUGAACAAUCCAAGUUCUUGUCCCCUGCUGAAAUCAAAAAGGCCCACUGGCCCAAGAGGCGCAGGAGCAAACGGGGCCAGAGAGAACAAACAGUGAGAAGCCCACAGGCGUCCAAAAGAGGGAGUGAAAAAUCUCUCUGUCGCCGAGUCGACCUGCAUGUAGACUUUAAUCAAAUUGGCUGGGGGUCCUGGAUUAUCUUUCCUAAAAGAUAUAAUGCCUACCGGUGUGAGGGUUCCUGCCCUGGUCCCCUUGGAGGAGAACUAAAUCCAACAAAUCAUGCUUACAUGCAGAGUUUACUGAAACAUUACCACCCUGACAGAGUGGCAGCCCCCUGCUGUGCCCCGACCAAAAUGAGCCCAUUAAGCAUGCUGUACUACGAGAACGGAGAAAUGCUCCUUCGACACCAUGAAGACAUGAUUGUGGAUGAAUGUGGCUGCCAGUGA